GGAAGCGGUGCGGUCACAGGACCGCCCCAGCUCCGUGCCGACCUCUUCUUGGUGAUAUACUAAUAUGCAGACAGAUAGUGACGUUGCUUGUCUAAAGAAUGAUUUGUUGAAAUCUUACGGGACAUUUCGUGUUCUUGUUGGCGUGACGGGAAGUGUUGCAGCCUUGAAACUGCCUCUUUUGGUAUCCGAGCUUCUUCAGCUCCCUGGGGUUGAUGUAAGAGUGGUCACCACAGAGCAUGGCAAGCAUUUCUACAAUCCUGCAGAGGUUUCAGUAAAAAUCUACAGUGACAAGGAUGAGUGGGAGCUGUGGACUCAGAGAUCUGACCCUGUGCUACACAUUGAGCUAAGGCGCUGGGCAGAUCUCCUUGUUAUUGCCCCUCUUGAUGCCAACACUCUUGGAAAGAUUGCUAAUGGCAUUUGUGACAAUCUGCUGACAUGUGUGGUAAGAGCAUGGGACACCAGUCGCCCUCUCCUCUUCUGCCCUGCAAUGAAUACAGCUAUGUGGCAGCAUCCCAUUACAGCCCAGCAGGUAUCCAGGCUGACUGACUUCGGAUAUGUGGAAAUUCCCUGCAUUGCUAAGAAGCUCGUGUGUGGAGAUGAAGGUAAAGGGGCCAUGGCAGAGGUAUCGACUAUUGUCAGUGUUGUUAAACAGUAUCUUCAGGAACCAGAUGAGUGCACAUCACAUCAUAUCGUAGACACCUCUGACACCAGAGACAAAUAGAAAAUAAACAGAUGACUUGUCUUGAGUCCAAACCCUCAAGGCCCUUCACAGUCAAGAUAAACACAGCUGCUUUCACCUGUUUUGUUUUAGAAGUCUUCUUGUUGGGAUUGCAUGGGUGUGAACACACCGUGAGUGAAUGGCAUCUCCCCGACUCCUCUGUUAGUUUUGUUGCACCUGUUAGGGCAGGGCAACCUGCACCUUUACCCUUCUUUUAGUACAUGGACUUUGGUGGCCUCAUGCAUUUCCAAAGAUAGCUCCACAUGAUAAAGUAUGCAAGGUAUUAAUGUGUUUCAUCGAAGUGCUUUAUAAAGUAAGUUAACAUAGCAAAUGAAUUGAAAUAUUCUAUCUGCUUAAACAAAGGUGGAGGUUAUUCCUGGGCUGUUAGCACUGACACACUUGCAAAUUGCUGUUUUGUGGUUUACUACAGAAUUGGACAAAUACUGUUUACAUCAAAGGUAAAUGUGACUGGAUUAUAAACAGUUUGUAAAUUAAAGUUUAGACCAUGUUUG